GAAGCGCGAAGUGUUAAGAGAAGAGAAAAUGGCGUCCGUGGAGAGAGUGUAGUUAGGACAAAAUUAUUUUAUGCAAAAAAUAAAGCGAUUUUGUCUAGUUUGGAGUCGUAGCGGGGUUAAAGAGUUUCCGAAAUGUGAGCUUUAAAGACAUAAGUGCGUUUUGAUGCGCGUAGCUAGAUUAAAUUAUAGUUUUUCGUAACUUUAAAGCAGGUAUAAGUGGCUUUCUCUGUGUUAGCGGCCUGGUUACUGUACAUGCAGCAGCAGGUGCCUUGGCUGAUCUGUUUAGUCGUGGAAUUUCACUGCUUUCAGAUGUAAAACUCGUCCUGCCCGUGGAUUUAAACAUGGCUCUGCAUAACCUGGUGUUCGUAGUGGACGUGGACUAUGGGGAGCAGACCAAAGAGGAGCUGAUGCAGAGAAAUGGCGUUUUAAAGAGAGGAAUGCUGCAGAUCCUACUGCAUCUGGGAUACAGAUAUGGGUUUGACAAAGUACGCUGGGGCUAUAAGUUCUUUGGCUCCCGGUCCAGUCGCAGAUCUGGUCUCAUCUCAAGAGGUUCAGACUUUAAGGAGCUGCGACACAAAGCGUUUGAGGACUUUGAGAUGGAGUUUGAGUCUAAGUUUGAGCUGCCGUCUCAGAGAAAAACCCUGAGCAGCCCGGCGGUGUGUGUCCAAAACGCUGUGAAAGAAACUCUGCUGGACUUUCAGUGGGACCAGCCCGACAUCACCUCCCCCACUAAGCCCAGCAUCAGAGCCAGGCGGGUGGGUAAAGACAGCCGCAGCUCAGCCUCUCACUUGGAGGAUGGGUCUGGAGAUGGGAGGAACCUUUUAUUUGUGGUGUCCGAGUGCCCGCGUUCCCGGGCUCAGAUGGAGCAGUACCUGUCUCCAGCAGCAGGGGGCGCUGUAGAUCUGUGCGAGAAGGUGCUGUCUCGGAGUCUACAGGAGAUGAUCGGGCAGAAGCGGGUCACACUGCACUGGAUGGACACAGCUGCACAUAAACAGGUCUUGUCAUGUGUGGACCACAGUGGAGCAGACAUACUGACCCAGCUCUUGUGUCCUCUAGGGGGCAGACUGCUCCCUCUCUCCUCCCUGUUAGAGCUCAUAGACUCUGGCUCUGACCUCAGCUCUUGGUUCUCUGCAGUUUGGGGUUUUUUGCUCUGCUCUGAACCUAGCUACAGGGUCUGCUUUCCCCUCACACGAGCCACACUCAUCUGGGAACAAGAAGGUGCAGUGGAGCGAUGCAGCCUGCAGGUGGAGCCCGCGAGCAGCUCUCAGAGGCCUCUCUCUUCUUCUGCUGAGGUCCGACUGAAAGCAGUUAUCUGGGACCUUAGCCUAGAGCAGACCCAAGACCUGUUUAAGUCUGGCUCUGAGGUCUAUGUGGUCCACAGUUCAGACCAGGACUGGUUCAGAGAGAUUCUAAAGGAGCUGAAGGGAAAAAACUUAAAAAUGUGCGCUGAGCUUUGGGAAGAUGGCCUUGUCCGCGCAGCCCUCCUGUCCCCUCUCUCUCUCUCCUCUGCCCUCCUCUCUCUCCCCUCUCCACACCCCUCACACCCUGGAGACUGCCCCCUGGAGGACAGAGCCCUCUCCUACAGCCCUCUCUCUACUCCUGAGGGCCCUGAGCUGCCCGAGGUGGUCAGCAGUGUGCUGGGCGUAGUCUAUGACAUCAUGAAGCGAGACGAGGAAGAGGAGGAGAUCCCGGGACAGGCCCCAGUCCCUGUGCUCCCUGGACAGAUCCUGAUUCCAGAGUGGGCGCUGCAGGAGCUCAGUCAGACCUGGUCCAGAGCAGGUUGUGCUAAGAGCUGGUUUCCCCAGAGCGACUACAGUGGAGUCAGUGCCAACCUCAUGGAGAACAUCAGGUUGCUUCAUGCAGUUCCUGAGGAGGCCUCUGGGGGGUGUGAUGAGGAGCAGGAGUUUAUGUCUGACCUUAGUGUGCUGUACCAGAGCAGCACCGGGAACAAGAAGGGACACAAACGUGGCGCUCAGAGGACCCCGGUGAAGCAGAAGAUGAAAACCAUGAGCAGAUCUUUACAGAUGUUAAACGUGGCUCGAUUAAAUGUCAAAGCUCAAAAAACGCAGUCGGAUUCUGAGCCGAACGGAGCCGAGAAACCCAAGAGGAAAGCUGGAGACAAGGCCAAAGACCACAACAUCAGGUUCUCAUGUGAGUCUGAGCUGGUGCAGUAUUUGAAGGAGAAUUACACUAAAACUGUGUCACAUCAGAGUCUGAGCUCUGGACUCCAGCUGCUGCUGUCGGCUCUGAAGGUUUAUGCAGGAAAAGACUCUGAGUUAAAGCAGGUGGAGCUGCUGCAGUCUCACCUGUUGAAGAGCAGUAAGAGCCUCCGUCUGCAGUACAGCUCUACCUCAGACUCAGAUGAUAAGAUCAGGGAGUGUCAGCUGCAGUGUUUCCUGAGACUGGAGAUCUGUCAACUCGUUUCUUCUUUAAAGUCUGAGUCUGUGGACACAGAGCAAACGGCUGAAGAGGUGGCUGAGAUGCUGAGGAUCAUCUCUUUGACCAAAGACCCAGUGUUUCUGACCCAGUUCCUCCAAGAAGACAUCCUCAUUCCUCAUUUUCUGUCCUCGAUCCCGUGCGUUCUGGCCGAUGUGUACCACUCUUUGGGCACUCAGCUCCCAGAAUGCUUAGCGGCUGUCCUGCCCUCUGACUUCUUCAGUGAUGAGUCGGUGACCAAAGAUUCUCCAUCAGAACAACUUGAGACUAGUGCACCUCCUACAGAGAGAGGAGAGGAGCUGCAGGAUCUGAGGGAGCGGUCUGCUGCAAAGAGGAGAAGUGGGAUGUUGACUCGCCAUCGCAGUGUGACCGAGAGCUCCCAGAGACAGAUCGAAGUGCAGCUGCCCAAGAGGAGAGGAGGAGCCAUGACAAAGUCCAGACCCAGUGCGGCUCCAGUGAAACCUGCUCCAGAACCAGAACCUCCCAAACCACAGGCUGCUCAGGAGGUGACCAAAGUGCGCAGAAACCUGUUUAAUGAGGAAACGACAUCUUCCUCAAAGAGAAUUAAACUUCCUCGCAGUCGGAGCGUGUCAGCGGUAGAGGGGCUCAAACGCAAACGCUCCUCUGAAUCUGAUGUUCACCACAAACUGCUGACCAAGAAAGUGUGUGAGACUCCACUGCACAAGCAAGUGUCCAGCCGCCUCCUGCUCAGACAGAGGCUGGGACGGAGGUCAAACCUCUCAGAGGAGUGCAUCGUGGAGGAGUCUCCGGUCAAACCCACUGAAGAUCUUCGCAGGAGUCCUCGCCUGAAGCAGUUUUCAAGGCGUCACUCAUUUUACUCCAGUUCUCAACCGCGCUCUCGAGCCCUGGACCGCGCCUUGUCAUCCUCUCUCCUCUCCUCCGCUCAGCCUUCCUCCCCCUCUCUCCUCUCCUCUUUCUCUGAAGUAAACGUUCGCGCCGUUCGGUCUCCCAUCAGAUUGCUCUUUGGGGCGGCUCAGAGCCCUCACAGACCCCAACAGGAGCAGGGCAGGGGUAACAGGAGCAACAGGUGCAGCAGGGCCAGGCUCUCCACCUCCUCCAGCGUCUUUGAGAGUCCAGAUAAAACUCCCACCAAGUCUCCGGGCCAACGCACUUUAUUUGGAAACACAACUCCCAAAACUCCUCCGACUUCAAGAAUGAGAUUUAAUGUCAGUCCAGCUUUUAACACGCAAAACAGCCCGUUCAAGUCCUCCACCUCCAGAGAGAGCCCUUUCAAAUCCCCCUGCAGACGAGCGCUGGUUUCAGAGACACAGAACAAGAACAGCCCGCUCAAAAGUAUCCUGAAAACUCCAGUCAAAAAUGCCAUAACUCCGAGGAAAACCGUAACGUGGUCCCCAAAUCCGCAAAUGACCAAAAACUCACAAUUCAAAGUCCUGGAAUCUCCAAAACUUGCGACGUUUGUUCUUAAAACUCCAGAUAAAUUUGGGCACAAACUUGAAAUUUUGAAAACGCCAGAUAAACUGCCAGAGGACAUCUUUGGAUGUCAAGUGAAUUUGGUGAAAAUUUUGGAAAAUUCUCCUCAAAAUUCCAAAAAAAUGGAAGAUAAAAUAUUGGAAACUCCACCUUCACAAAAGAAGAGUGUCAAAUUUAACCCAAAUUUAAAAAUUGUGACUCGUUCAGCUAAAAGUUUGAUAUUUGAAACGCCGGAAAAACAAAAUCCAGAUGUAGGAAUAUCGCAAGAAAUUAUUGCAAAAAAGUCGCCAGGAAAAUCAUUGUGUACAACUAGAACAUCUACAAAUUCAAAAUCGCCAUCCCAAACUGUUCCACCUCAACCAAACGUACGAGUAAUAGAUGUGUCUUUGCCAGCCAGAAAAUCUCCAAGAUCCGGAUGCCGUGAAGGUGAAUUUUGCCAACAAAAUACAAAAAUUGUGGUUGAGUUUUCACCGGAAAGUUCUCCAGAAAUUAGGAUUCCAACCAAAGCAAGACGAGAUAGAAAAAACGGCCAGAACUUUGGAAUUGGGGAAGGAAAAAGGAGACUGACGAGACAGAAUUCCAAUUUUCAAUCCAUCGAAGAUUUUGAAAGUUUAAAUGUUGGUUUGAAAUUACAGGAUGAUUCUGACGAUGGGAAUUUUCAAAAAUCAAGACGAGAAUUGCGAUCAAGAUCUAACGAAAGUAUUUGCAACCAAAAAACUCGAGACAUUUGUGAGAAUUUGAUACCUGAAAAGACAAAAAAUUCAGGAAAUGUAGAACAAAAAGAAGCAGAUCUGAUUGUGGAAGUUUCUCCAAAAGCAAAAACGACAACAAGAAAGACUAAAUCACGGUUUAAGGAUGCCAUAAGUGUGGAGUUAGGAGAUGAAAUUGAGGUUUCUGAGCAAGAGAAGCAGAAAGUUAUAAAACCAAAAGCAAAAAGCAGGUCAAAUGAAAAGAUUUUUGAAGAUUUGACACAAAAAGUGGAAGAUUUUGAGGACGAAAAAUCAACAAAGCCUAAAGUUAAAAGUCAAAACUCCAAGACUAGAUCAAAUGACGGUGAACUCUCUGAGAAUUUAUCAAAUGCCACAGAAAAUUUGAGAAAAGAGGUUGCAUCUUCAAACAACACAGAAACUAGUAAAAAGUCUGAAAUGGAAGAUGAAAUUCAAACCGAAUAUUCCCAAAACGAUUCCAGUUUGCAGUUGGCCUCCACCGACGAUGACAGCGUCAACAUUGUGAACGCGUCUGUGGUCAAAGCACAGGGCCUCAAAAUGAACAUCAGCUUUUCACGCAAACCCUCCAAAACUGGCAACGACUUUUUGUCUGAUAUUUCAUCCCCCAAAAAUCCCAAUGGAACGCCAGCAAGGAGUUACGGUUUUCGACAAACUCCAGAUCGCCGGCAGCGUGAAGCAGCCGAGCGUUUGGGCUAUGCUAAUGAAUUCCCGACUCGAUUUUCAACCCCACGCGGAGUUAGCAAGAAGAAAAACUGCUUAGCGUACCAAGUGGAGAUGCAAAUGCAGUCGUCAGGGUUACCGAAACUGAAAAUUAAACGGGCCGAUUCGGAUUUGGCAAGUCCAGUUGUGCAGAGGAAGACCAGAGCAGAUGGAGGCUGUGUGUCCCCCUCGGUUUGCACUCACAGAACUCCAGCGAAAGGGACUAAACCAGGUACACAGCUGUUCAUUUGUCAGUCGUACACGCCCACCCGUGUCCAGACCUCACCUGUAGCCAUGCCCGACACCCUUUCACCGUCACCUCAGAGUGCGGGGAAACUCACACCCGACUACCUCAACAGCUGGCCCAGAAAGAAGAGGGUCAAAGUGCAAGAGGGAGGAGACAAGGAGAGGAGGGCGGAGGAGGGUCAGGUGGAGGAGGGGGUGAAGGAGCGGUGCAUUGCAGAGGAGUACCACAUGGGGGCUCUGGAGUGUGAGCUGGGUGUGAGUCGGCUGCAGGACCCAGACGGGGAGCAGAAGUCUCCGGAUCGAGGACUGAUGUGGUUAAACAAAAUGGAGGACGACGUGUGGCAUGACAAAAUGGAGGAUGACUUCGGGAGCGGAGUCUCAGGCACAACGCCCCCUAGCUCCAGGAAGAGGAAGCCCGUCACAGCCAGUGGGAUUCUGGCUCUGACCAACUCUCCUCUGCUCUUCAAGACGUCCUCCACCUCUAAGAAGACCCCCAGCAGGACAGGAGAAUCCACGUUCGAUCCCGAUAUUUCUCCUUUUGGAAAAUCGAACCUACGCUCCUUUACCCAAAGCUACAGCCGCAAGAGACUGCUGCCUUAGAACAAAACAUUUUAAAUGCCUGAAAUGAUCCUAAAAUCUGCUCUUAAAUAUAAGCAGUAAACAAAGGCAUACACUACUGCUGCCUUAGAACACGGUACCUCUAAUAUUUAAGUGACCCAAAUAGAGGAGUUGCACCACCUGAGGUCACUGUCAACAAUAAUCUAAAAUUACUCCAUGACAAACAAGACAUUUAACAUGCAUUUAAACGGGCCCAAUCAGAAUAAAAAUGACCCAAGUGGAGAACACAAUAAAGACACACUAUGUAACUUUUCUGGAGAGGGAGGGGUCUCCAUGCAGAUGUCAUUACUUUGACUGGAUUGUUUCAGUGUAUGGCCUUAAACAUUUUACAUUUAUCCCCAUUACAUAUGUUUUAAGGCUAAACCCUAAUCCUUGAUUUAUGCAUUUGUACUAUGAGCAGGUUCACCUCCUCGCAGAUCUGGCCUGUAAUUUAGCCUGACGUUGUGACCUGCUUGUCUCCAUGGAGAUAGGUAUAUUUAAAGAGGGGGCAUCAUUUUUUCUAUCUUUCUCCUAUGUUCUAAUGCUGUUCCCUCAUCAAAGGAGGUUUUAGAUGUCAUCCAUGUAUGUUUGAGUAUUUUAGUACUGGCCCUAUUUGAACCCUCCUUUAUAAAUAGAAGUACGAGCUUGUACAAGGCUCCGCCCACAAGCCUACGUCAUCCAUCCUUCCACACGACAAUUCUCCACAAAUAUAUAAAAAACAUGUUAAUACAUUGUUUUUGGCGAAUAUAGGAUUUUCAAAAUGAUAAAAGGAAACAUGGUGAUCUAAAUAUGUUUGUUUUUUUACAGUUAAUACCCCAUAAAAGUCAAAUACCCCUUGUUAAUACCCCAUAGAAGUAAAAUUCCCCCUCUUUAAUGACAUACUAUGGAAUAUUUAGGGCAAAGCAAUAACAUUACCAUGGAAACGAGCAGGUAGCAGAAUCUCCACCGGAAAAGUUACACAGUGCAGCUUUAAAUAAAAUGUAAUCUAAU